CACCAUAACAUUUUCUACCGCCCUUACAGACUUGCUGACCCGUACUUCUGAUCAGAGCUGUUUGACCAGUCGUAACCUUUGUUGAAUAUGGGAAGAGUCGGAAGAAAACGGAAACAUCAUAACAAUGGAAAUCAUGCAUUAUUCCGUACGAGAGAGUACGGAAGAGACUUGGACCAAAUCCAAGACGAUUUGAAGGAACCAGAAAAGUUUCAGUCUUUGCCUUUGGACCCUGACCUGCCUGGUUUAGGCCAACACUACUGUAUUGAGUGUGCGAGACACUUCGAGUCGGAUCAUUCUCUGAGAGAACAUCGUCGUAGCAAAAUUCACAAAAGACGCUUGAAGCAGUUACAGGAAGUUCCUUAUACACAGGAGGAAGCUGAAGCUGCUGUUGGAAUCGUCCGCAAGCCUGCGGUAAGCAGUGAAAAGGUAGCCGUCGAGGCAAAGUCGGAAAACGUUGUCAUGGCUGAUUAGUCGAUUCAAAUUGGCAGCGUGUAUAGGAGGCGUCCGUUCCUAGGAUAUCCUUUUUGCUUGGUAAUAGCGUACUUGUGUACUUUUUUUUGGUUCAAUCAUGUUUCCGUUUUCCACUGUGUUUUGGUCAGAGUCAUUUGGGUUCAAUUUAACCGUGUUUGUUUGUAAACGUAGGUUAAUAAAAAAUUUUAUAUGAGCUGGUGUGUGUCAUUAUAGAAGAACGAAAACGUGGGCGAUAAGGGGGGGUUGAAUGCAUUCAAUAGUACUUAGAAUGCUU